AUGGCCCUAAGCAAAGAAGCAGUCAUCUUGAUCGUGCUCGUCGGGUGUAUCGUCUCCGUCCUCAUCGGCUACUCCGUGCAUUUCAUCUCCACCGGGGGGUUCCGCGACGACGAGACCGAGAAGGAGAUGACACACGAGCAGAAGGAGUAUAUGAGAGGGCUUCGGUUGAAGCACUUGGAGUUCCUGGCCGCGCAGGUGGGGAGGAGAUACCCCAUGGAGGCUUGA